GCCACUUGAGCAAUAACCACGGAUAGUUAAUACUCACAGAAGGUGUAAUUUGCUUAUCUGUGUCUAGUGUCUGUCUAGUCAGUGGUGGGCAAAGCGCACAGUCAAUGGGUACAUUCAACAGUACCCACAUAUAUCGAGCAAGCAAGUUUUAACUCAUUUUGUACACACGGAUAACAUUUUUCAUUGCGUUUCUUAUCAUGCUAUAUCUUGAUGUUAAACGAAAAUUUCUAAGACCUUUCUUUUAACUGUUCUCUGAAAGAAGAAGGGGGAAGAACAGCUGACCAGAGACGGUUUCUACUCUGCUUUGAUGGCUCAUGGACUUAGUAUUAGGACAGAUGUGAAAUAACUGUAGAAACUGACAGGAUUGACUCCAAAGGAAAUAAAUACAAAUGACGUUAACUAAAUCUACUGAAUGUACAACGUAGUAAGAAACGAUACAACAUUGUCUUCACAUCAUCUUCUACCGUCGGAUCGUAUUUAAAAUCGAGGCACAGCAAUUCUCACUAAGCUGCAACUGACUAGGAAAGGCAGUCCGCAAAAAGAAGUGCACCCUUCUUAACAAGCUAUCUCACAUCCGGCUUCAAAUGUAUCAUAAGGGCAACUUUAGUGUGCAGCUGGAUAGACCGUUGAUAAUUACUACAUCCUAGGACGGGCUGAAGCUGUCUCACAUCCGGCUUCAAAUGUAUCAAAAGGGCAACUUUAGUGUGCAGCUGGAUAGACCGUUGAUAAUUACUACAUCCUAGGACGGGCUGAAAUGGAGUCAAAUGACAGAUUUGACUUGGAACACCCUGGAGAACCUCAGCCUGGGGACCUGAUUGAAAUCUUUCGACCAGGUUAUCAACACUGGGCUCUUUACUUGGGCGAUGGUUAUAUUAUCAAUGUAGCCCCAGUUGAUGAGGGAACACCUGCAGCUUCAUUUUCCAGUGCAAAGUCAGUAUUCAGCAGGAAGGCACUGGUGAAAAUGCAACUUCUGAAAGAUGUAGUUGGAACUGACAGUUACAGGAUAAACAACAAAUAUGAUGACAAGUAUAGCCCACUUGCUGUUGAAGAAAUUAUCCGCCGAGCAGAAUUUCUGAUUGGACAGGAAGUAUCAUAUGAUCUACUGGGAAACAACUGUGAACAUUUUGUCACCUUGCUUAGGUACGGAGAGGCUGAAUCAGAUCAGGCAAGCCGAGCAAUUGGUGCUAUUGGGUUUGUAACAGCUGCUGCAGGUGCUCUCUCCUUCUUGGGUCUCUUUCAGCAUAGAUCUAGUCAACGACCUUGAAAAGGCUGAAACUUGCCUGUGUAUACUACAUCAGAAGAUUUCGAGGAUCAUUGAUAAACUCUCUCUGAUUCAAUAUAAUCACAUAAUUUCCCAGCCAGAAAGAAAACUGAGAGGGGGAAAUAAUACAUAUGCAACUUGAUGUUUUACAAGGUUCACACUGGGAAACUGACGUUUAACAUCUAAUAGUAUGUUGUUUCAUCUGUCCUAGGCAGCUGACCAUUUUUUGAGUGAGCUUGCAUGUUUAAGUUGCUAGAUGACCAGCAGCUGCUAUGACCAUAAAUUAAAGUAACUUGUGUAGAACCUGUUAAGGUUCUCUUCUGAGGUGCUAAGCAUAAAUCAGGAUUUUCGUAUCAGAAAAUACAGUUAAUGGUUAUUAUGUACUGUACUUACCUUCUCUGCUAUUUUCCAGUAGAAGUCAAAAAUAGCACUAUUUAAUGACCAGAUAUGGUUAUAUAGCCUUUUAUGGAUAUGGUUUCACUUAGUAAGUGUCUUGUCAGUAUAUAUAUUUUUUUUUUUAGAAAUAGCCUUUGGUAUUGUGUAAGCGAUACUUUCUUUUAUUGUUUUAAAGCAUUCAUUGAGUUAUUGUAAGCUUUUUGAACAGCAUUAGUUUCUGAUUCUGAUCAUAUACGUCAGCUUCAAUGUGAUGAAUGAUUAGGAUUGCCACCUUUGGAAAAGGUAAAAACUAAACAAAAGCCACACCUCUUGCUUCAUCCCAUGUCCUGUGUACUCCACUGCUUCACCACACCUACAUUAUGAUGUAAAUUGGCAAGUUUGCUUAUAACUUCCCAAAGUAACAUCACACUAAAGCAAUGCAUGAAAAAAAGCAGUUGAGUGGAUGUGCUGACUUUAUAAUCUUUACAAACUCCACAGCAAACAGAAUACCAGAGUUUGUAAAUUAAUUUCUAAAUUAUUUGAUCAGCAUUCAGUUUUCAGGAUACUUCAGAAAAAUACUGAGUAGGUGGCAACUGGAAACCUGUGAAUAAUGGUAAAUAAAUUUACUAGCUGUUCUGUAUGCUUUUAUUUAAUGUGCAUUGCCUGUUUGUAUAAGACCCUAUCUGAAGGUGUGAUAUGGCAAACUGAUAAGUGGUUUAACAGUGUCACCAGUUUGCUUGAUAAAGCAGUAAAUAUAAUUUCAAGUAAGGCAGAGUUGGUACCCAUCCAGACCCUGGCAGUGUAUUAAUAGUAUCCAGUUUAGUGAAUUAGUUUUGUGCAUUUAGUAUAGCCACUGCCAUGGCACAGAGGGAUAAAACCCUGACUGUGACCCUGGUGACCAGGUUCAAUUAGCAGCUCAGGUGUUUGGGGUGCUCUUCGGAAAGGAUGGAUGUACCCAUCCUGGUGUGGGGGCCAUACAUUUGAGUGCACAUACGGGUCAAUCCCUAAUGGAGGCUGGGGCUGUACAGGGAAGAUACUGUCCUAGAGUGGAAUAGGUGGGAGUCAUUUGCUGAAUCUCCACAGAGGUGGGCCGAUACACCAGCAUGGUCCUGUUACACUUCCACCCGCAGACAUACAACAGUAACACCCAGGGGGAUGGAGGAUAGGUUGAGGAAUUAAGGCAUAAUGCAGAAAAUACUCCUCAUGAAGCAGUACAACACUACACUUUAAGCCUCUGCUUUCCUCACUGGUCCUGAAUAUGGGUAGGGAGCAAACCCAAAUGAGAGAGGAAUGCCUGGUAGACCCAGUGAUCAAAGCAUACCUCUCAACUGUCUAGAUUUUCACAGAAUGUCCAUAUAUUUGACUCAUAUUUUUGAUCU